UUCGAAAAUAGAUUGCUGCUGAUUUCAAUGCGAAUUACUUCAUUCUGGCACUGGUUUCUACUCGGAAAACAGCGACUCCUAUCGAUGGUACAAGCGGUAAUAGUUUUUAAGCUAAAAAUCAUCCCUGGAGCAUCAGACAGACGUUAUUUAUCAGAGAGAAACAGUGGUCAUGACCAGGAACAGUGAAAUCAAAAUGCCCACAAAUUUGGAGAAAACUGUAAAUCCACAAAUAAAGGCAAUGAUCAAUUCUGAUCAGCUGGCAGUGGCAGAAGUUCUGCAGGAUGAUCAUAGCCACUGUGAAACAGAAUGGAGGCAGGAAGAAGAUCUGUCAGAUGAUGGAGCUUCAGAGAUGUCUCCAGAGAACAGAGAGUUAUGGGACUCCGUUUUGAACAACAGUGAUCCCUACAGUCCACUCUGCUUCACCUGCCCUGCUGAAGUAAAAGCUGCAGACAGUGUUCAUUGUAAUGAUGAUGAACUUGUUCCUUCUAAUCUUCAAGAGACAACAACUGAAUGGAGUGAGGAAGAGCAUACUGACUGGUCAGACGAAGGAGCCUCAAAGGUCAGAGAGUUAUGGGACUCCUUAUUGAAAAACAGUGCUACCUACAGACCGCUCUGCUUCCCCUGCCCUGCUGAAGUAAAUGCUUCAGAAAAUGAUCGUUGUGAUGAUGAUGAUAAUUACGAUGACGACGAUGAACUUGUUUCUUCUGAUUCUCAAGAGACAGAACCUGAAUGGAGUGAGGAAGAGUAUAGUGAUUGGUCAGAUGAAGGAUAUUCAGAGAUGUCUCCAGAGAACAGUGAUUUACGGGACUCCUUCUUGAACAACAGUGAUCCCUACAGUCCACUCUGCUUCUUCUGCAAUGCUGAAGCAAAUGCUUCAGACAAUGUUCAUUGUGAUGAUGAUGAACUUGUUUCUUCUGAUUCUCAAGAGACAGAACCUGAAUGGAGUGAGGAAGAGGAUAGUAAUUGGUCAGAUGAAGGAUAUUCAGAUAUGUUUUCAGAGAGCAGAGACUUAUGGGACUCCUUCUUGAACAACAGCAAUCCCUACAGCCCUCUCUGCUUCUCCUGCCCUACUGAAGUAAAUGCUUCAGACAGUGAUCAAUGUGAUGAUGAACUUGUUCCUUCUAAUAAUCAAGAGACAGAAUAUAAAUGGAGUGAGGAAGAGGAUAGUGAUUGGUCAGAUGAAGGAGAUUCAGAGAUGUCUCCAGAGAACAGAGAAUUAUGGGACUCCUUCUUAAACAACAGCGAUCCUUACAGCCCACUCUGCUUCUUAUGCCCUACUGAAGUAAAUGCUUCAGACAGUGAUCAAUGUGAUGAUGAACUUGUUCCUUCUAAUAAUCAAGAGACAGUAUAUAAAUGGAGUGAGGAAGAGGAUAGUGAUUGGUCAGAUGAAGGGGAUUCAGAGAUGUCUCCAGAGAACAGAGAAUUAUGGGACUCCUUCUUAAACAACAGCGAUCCUUACAGCCCACUCUGCUUCUUAUGCCCUACUGAAGUAAAUGCUUCAGACAGUGAUCAAUGUGAUGAUGAACUUGUUCCUUCUAAUAAUCAAGAGACAGUAUAUAAAUGGAGUGAGGAAGAGGAUAGUGAUUGGUCAGAUGAAGGAGAUUCAGAGAUGUCUCCAGAGAACAGAGAAUUAUGGGACUCCUUCUUAAACAACAGCGAUCCUUACAGCCCUCUCUGCUUCUCCUGCCCUACUGAAGUAAAUGCUUCAGACAGUGAUCAAUGUGAUGAUGAACUUGUUUCUUCUAAUAAUCAAGAAACAGAAUCUGAAUGGAGUGAGGAAGAGGAUAGUGAUUGGUCAGAUGAAGGAGGAGAUUCAGAGAUGUCUCCAGAGAACAGAGAGUUAUGGGACUCUUUCAUGAACAACAGUGAUCCCUACAGCCCUCUCUGCUUCUCCUGCCCUGCUGGACUGAAAAUAAAGGCAUCAGAGGUUAAACAAAAACACACACCUUCCAGCCCCACAGCCAGAGAGGUUGAGGAGCACAAUCCUGACCAGAGUACAAAGGAAAGCGCUAAGAAGGUGUGUUUCAGUGAGGAGGUGACCAUACACACCCUCGAGGCAUGGGGCUUUGCAAGCCAGGCAGCACGAGACGGAUCGUGCUGGAUGAAGAUGGCAAUAGAUCGACUCCAUUUCAAAAGGAGAGUAGAGAUAGCUGGACAGCUCAUCAGCCCGUGCCUCACAGCUCAGCACAGAGCCAGAGUUUUGGGCAGUCUGAGGAGCCACUCUGAUAUUUUAGAAGUUCAGUGAUUGCAAACUUUUGUAGUUUUAUAUAUGUGUGUGUGUGUGUGUGUGUGUGUGUGUGUGUGUGUGUGUGUGUGUGUGUGUGUGUGUGUGUGUGUGUGUGUGUGUGUGUGUGUGUGUGUGUGUGUGUGUGUGUGUGUAAAAUGCAAUUGUGGCAGCUUUUUUUUUUAUUAUUUUGUAUAUAUGAUUUUAUUAUAUUUACCUCAAUACACUGAAGUUGCUGCACUGUGAAUCACUCUUUGUUGGUUAAAUAAAGAUUACAUUAACCUUUUGAACUAAA